AUGAAAAGUAUUCGUAAUGACACUGAGUGGGACGCUAUCUAUUCCACAGAUACCAUUCCUUUACUGAUCACUGAGAGGUGCUCUAGUACGUUACUUUCUGUUGACGAAUUUUCUGAACGAAGGAAUAGAAGUACCCGAGUACCGCCGCUGGGGCAUGGAGACAGCGGACAGCCCAAUCUCGAAAUUAAUGUGUGA